GGGAGGUGGGACCGCAGCUGCGAGCGGAUGGGAGCCCGAUCUUCUUUCUUCCCGGCCGGGAAAUCUUGAGGAGAUUUUUCUUUAGAAACAUUAAGAACUUUGAGGAUGGUGGGGCAAAACGACUAAAUCCCAUCUUCCUGUGACUCUUUAGCCGGAAAACUGUCAAAAUCUGUGGAUAAAUUCACAAGAUUAGAAAAAGGAUGGCAUCUAGAAUAAAUACCAGUUUCACUCUGAUUCCCAACCAGAAAUAUAGACGUAGUAAUCGUCGAUCCAGCCAUGUUUCCAACACCCUUGACUCAGAUUCUCAGUCCUUAUCAGCACUUGGAAAUUUUAAAGCCUUGCCAUUGGAAAUAUUCCAAGUAAUCUUAAAAUAUUUGUCAGUGAAGGAUAUCAGCAUGCUAAGCAUGGUGUCCAGAACAGUCAGCCAGCACAUUAUUAAUUAUAUCUCAACCUCAUCAGGAAGCAAAAGACUUUUGCUACAGGACUUUCAUAACCUUGAGCUGCCUGGCAAGAGACAAGAUUCUGCUGUAUUGGAACACUACAGAUCUCUAGGUUUACUCUUUAAAAGAUGUACAUUGCUGCUACCCACAAAGGAAAGACUAAAGUAUAUUCACAAGAUACUCGCAGAAAUUUCCUGUUUUAAAUUCAAUGGCUGUGCAGCCCCUAUGCAAUGUUUAGGAUUAUCAUGUUAUGGCAUGUUUUUACAGACCUUAACAGCAGGUUGGGAUGAACUUGAGUGCCAUCGUGUUUUUAACUUCUUAUGUGAGUUGACUGACCUCUCCCGCAAGAUGCAGACCGUUGUCUUCAGCAAGCCAGGAAAUGCCCGAAAACUGGAGUUAAGGAUCAGACUGUUCUGUAGGAAUGUCCUGUUUGAUCAUUGGACACAUAGAAGUGAUUCUGCUUUUUGGUUGACACGUAUAUUAAAACCAUGGCCAAUGGUGAAUCAGGCAAGAUUACUGUAUAUCAUCUUUGGGCCAAUAUCUCCUCAAGAUGGACAAGUGGUGUGGCAGAAAAUGAUAGAAGAACCUACAGAUGAAUCCAGUCUGAAAGGUUUGGCUGAUGCCAUUAAAUUACUAUAUGACACAGGCAUCAAAGAAUGGACAGCAGAUGAUGUUAUCAGUCUUAUAGAUGAAUUAUCAGUGGUUCCUCGUGAGUGGCUUCUAGAAAAUAAUGCACGUCUCCUAAUCCUAAGUGGGAAUGACAUCUGUUUCACUUUCAUGGCCAGUAAAGCUGUGAAUGGACGGACCACUGAACUGGCAAAACUGAUAGUCUUUUUGGCUUUGGUGUGCGAGAAAGAACUAUACUGCAUGGAUUGGGCAGUUAAAAUGAUGCAAAGAGUCUGUAAAGUCUUUAGUACUUCAAUGGAAAAAAACAACUUCCUGCAGAAUGUGGCAAAUGCAUUUGCAUGUAUUAUAAUGGAAAUGCUGCAGUCAAUUAUGUCUGGAGACCGUGAUGAAGAGGACAGAAUCUUUUUGAAUUUGUUCCAUCUUGUGCAUGCUCAGGCUAACUUCCAUAAGGAGGUCCUGUAUUUGACCAUCAAUUCUGUCUCUACCUAAAUACUCAGAAAGCCUUGCAUUUAGAGACUACCUCACUGAACUAACAAUUAGAAGAAUGCUACUUUCCACAAUCAAAGAAUAACAUCCAAGGGACCUUUUAUCACCUAAGUAAUUCUAAAGUUGCGUAGAAGUUUAGUGGCAAUUGCUUAGACCAUUACUAAUAUAAAAAUUACAGGCAAACCCAAGAAUAUAUUGAGAUUUCUCUGGAAAACAAGUUGUGCCUCUCCAGAUUUUGGUAAACCUAACACUAAACUAAAUGGAACUUUAGUGUCCAAGAAUCUGGCACCAGUCAACCUGUAUGUGUGGAUCUUUGAAGCAAGAGAAAAUUUUGCUUUAUAGUUGAGCAGACCCAAAUUCAUUUAACAGUAUGUAUCUGUUCACUUUGCUUAGGUUGUGUAGACAUAGCCUAGAAUGAUUUGUGAAGGUUUGCAAUAUGGUGUUUUGGAAUGUGCAGAUAUAAAUCACAUUUUUAACCACCUUCUUGGCAUAUAAUUACAAAAAACAUAUUUUGUCACAUUUUGUAUGAAUUAACAGAUCAAAAACCAAAGGAAGUGUGUGUAUACAUCUCCAUAUAUAUAUGUAUGUAUGUACAUAUAUACAAAUAUACAUAUAUAUUUAAGACAAAUCAUACAAAAAGUCUAUACAUAGGGGUAUAUAUUGUUUUAAUACAAAUCAUCUUUUAUUUCCUGGGGAUUAGAAUAAAAUGUUGCAAAUAAGAGAAAAUAUAAAAUGAAAGAAAA